GCUUAUUUCCUACUGGCUUCCUGCUACCAAUCUAUUUUCUUGUCUACUAAGACUCCCCUUCGCCUGUUGAUUGAAAUACCCAAACGCCCUCCUAGUGGUUGACAAUUCAAAAUAUAUUCCCAACUUCCAACUUGUUGGCUUUUCGGUUCCAUUCCGUUCCGUUUUCUCUCCGCUGCCUUCUCAAAUAAAUGGCCUCCAAUUCACACAGGGCGGCUCCUUUCUACGGCGUCGCUGCCCCUUUCCGGUCAAGAGAUGGGCUUAGCACAAGGGCAGUAUCGGGGACCGACGAGAUCCAAUUGCGAAUUGAUCCCUUCGACUUGGAGGACGAGAUCACCGGUCUUCAUACCCAAGUUAGAAGGUUGAAACAUGUUGCAAGCGAGAUAGGCACAGAAGUAAAGUAUCAAAAGGAUUUUUUGGAACAAGUGCAAAUGGGAAUAAUGAAGGCUCAAGUAGGGGUGAAGAACAAUAUGAGAAGAUUGAACAAGGCCGUGAUUAAAAGUGGCUCGAAUCACAUUCUUCAUAUCGUUACAUUUGGUUUAGUUUUGUUUCUCAUAGUAUACCUUUGGUCCACGAUUUCCAGAAAAUGAGGACUCGAGAGCUUGCUGCCCAACUUCCUCCUUCUCUACUUCCCAAUUGUAUUCCACCACUGAUGUGAAAAUGCUCCACGAUUCUUUGUAGUUUAUACUAAAAUCUAAAUUUUGAGAUUAUGUUUCUUGCAUAGUUAAGGAGUGAUUCUAAAAAGAUUGUUAAUUUGCUUGCCUAAUAGUUUUGGAGUGUAUAUUAAACAGUUUAGCUUGAAAGCUUAUAGGUGAUUUUGGAGUGUAAAAUAUAUUGACAUCGUUUCAUAUGAAUUAUUUCGAUUUAAUUUAUAAGUCAAACAUCAUGUUUGUACUUAUGGUUUAGCAAACA